UGCUUUUGCCUGAAAACAACAAAAUUGAAAUUUGGAAAAGAAGAAGAAGAAAUGAUGAGUGGUAAAUAUGAAAGAGAAGAUAGUUGGCAUCUUUUCUUUUUUAUUUUAUUAAAUAUGAAUUGCAAUGCCUUCCACCAUCUUCACCCUUCUUUUCUUUCUUUACUUCCUACCUCUUUCUACCCUUCUCUUUUUCUCUCUUUUCUUCAUCCUCUGCCUUUCUUUCAUUCCUAUCAUCUUCUUCCUCUUUUUCAUUUCUCACAACCACACUAAUUAAUCGAGAUGAAGAACGAGAAUGAGAGUGCGAGUCACGACAAGUCGGUGCAACAGAUUCUGCAUCAUUUUCAUAAGGAACAUCCCUUGGUGUUAGUGGCAGAGCAAAGCAAUGAAGGUCUCCAAGCUCACUGCCAUGGAUGUGGGGAACUGCUUUCAGCUCCAUGCUUCACUUGUAUUCUUUGCAAUUAUCACCUUCACAAGCAAUGUGCAGAGGCACCCCUUUUACUUCGUAAUCACCCUCUCCAUCCCCAACACCCAUAUCUUUUUCUUUGACAAAGGCCACAUCCUGAUAAUGACUUGGUAUAUGGUUGUGCAUUAUGCAAGGAAAAAUGUAACAUGUUUUUUUAUAAAUGUCGUAAUUGUUGGUUUUCCAUUGACAUCAAAUGUGCUCAUUUAUCUUCUUCAUUUAAGUUUAGCCAACUGUCCAAACAUGACAUCCACCGACAUCCAUUGUCCUUCAUAGAAAGUCCCAUGGCCAUAUAUGUACUCAAAAGAUUGAACUGCUGCUGGUGUCAUGAACCAUUGAUAGAUGCUACAUAUUUUUGUUCUGAUUGUCCAUCAUUCAUCAUUCACAAGAAAUGCCUUGAUGAGUUACCCACUGAAAUCAAUCACCCUUCCCACCACAUACACCCUCUUUCCUUUCGUUAUACUGAUCGCAACCAUUUUUGCAACCUAUGCCAAAAGGAACAUUUUGGAGCUUUUUAUGGCUGUUCUCUUUGCCAUUUUAACAUCAAUCUUGAAUGUGCUUUGCUGAGGUCCAUUGUUGAAGACAAAAGCCGUCAUCAGUACCCACUCACCUUAUUUUGGAGACAAGACUCAUUCAUUUGUGAUGCAUGUGGCACUGAAGGAAAUUACAUUUCUUACACAUGUUCUACAUGUUUCACCACAGUCCAUAAGAAAUGCAUUUCACUCCCACGCAUUAUCAAAUUUUCUCGACAUGAUCACUGCAUUUUUCACAAAUAUUUUCUUCAAACACAAGAGCUUACAAAGCAAGAUUGCAAGAUUUGUUUCAAAGAAGUGAGACUAGAGCGUGGGAGUUACUCUUGUGGGAAGCUAGGUUGCAAUUACGUUGUCCAUGUGAAUUGUGUCUUAGAGAAUCAAUGGUUGUACAAGGUAAUUGAGGACGAAAAGCAAUAUGAGGAGCUUAAAGAAAAAUCUAUGCAGUCUUCCAUCAUUCGUGUUAUUGAGGUGAAUGAAGCUGGGGAAGCUGCAAAGAUUGAACAUUUGAGUCAUCAACAUUGCUUGGUGUUAGCAGACAAGAUGGAGGAGGAAAUUGAUAGAAAAUGUGAUGGGUGCAUGCUACCUAUCGCAAAUAUUUUCUAUUAUUGUUCAGAAUGCCCCUUUUUUCUUCAUAAAACCUGUGCUGAAUUGCCAAGAAUCAAGCAACAUUGGUUUCAUCAAAACAAUGGCACCCUCAAUUUCGACAGCUUCAAGCAAUGUGCCUUUUGCUAUCGAGAUUGUAGUGGUUUGUUCUACAAAAUUGGAGGAUAUUGGGACAUGUGCACAAGGUGUGCUAAAGUUGCUGAUAUCAUUGAAUGUGAAGGACACCAACACUUUCUCUUUUUUGAUUUCAAAUACAGGGAGAAAUGUAAUGGUUGUGGCGAGCUGAAUUGGGAUGGUGCAUUCAGAUGUGGAAAGUGCAGAUUUGCUUUGGAUUUUGGAUGCUUAACAUUACCACAUUCAGCUCUUCACAAAAUUGAUGAACACAAGCUAAAGCUUACUUAUCAUGAUGAUAAGGAGCAAAGUUAUUGUGAUAUUUGUGAGCAAUAUAGAGAUCCAAGCCUUUGGUAUUAUUCUUGUUCAAUCUGUGAUACUUCUGCUCAUAUCGAAUGUGUUCUUGGACAAUUUCCAUUUAUAAAGGAUGGGAGCAUAGUGCCUUAUUAUUGUCGCAAACAUUAUUGUGCUCUUAAAUUUUUUAGGAAGGUCGAGGGCUUCCCUGAAUGCUCUCGUUGUGGAAAGUUUUGCCAAGAAGAAAUUCUUAAGUGUGAAAAGUCUACAUGCAACUAUAUUGUCCACUACAAAUACGAAUGCCGUCGGGGUCACUAAGCCUAAUGCUUUGUGGUAAGUACUCUAAAUGAUUAAAAAAUUAUUUUUCAAUCAUCAAUGUUGUUGAUUGCUAUUAUUUCAUGAUUUUGUUUUCAUUAUCAAUAUCAGUUCUAAUUACUUUCAUGGUUGUAGAUGUGAUUUAUUCAAAUAAAAAGCACCAAAGGAUUUAUUUGAUCAAAGGAGUUCACAAAGGAUUUGGCAUUUCAUUCCUACUUCUUUGAUGAAAGGAUGCUCGAAUUCUAAGUGUGAUUUGGUUUCAUUGUUACUUUGUUAUGAUUUGAUUUCAAUAUUACUUUGGGAUUCAUCUAUGAUUUGUUUGGGUUUGUAAGAUUUGAAUUAUUUCUUAUUUAAAUUAUCUU